AUGAUAAGAAAAGCUAUAAAAUCCCUGAAAAAUAAAAAAGCUGCAGGACCGGAGAGUCUACCUGCUGAGCUCUUGAAAAGCGGAACAAAUAAAUUAAUCAAACACCUCCAAGAGCUUCUCACUCGAUACGUGAACGGAGACAAAAUUCCACCAUGUUGGAAGGAAGCCUGGAUAACACCCAUCUAUAAAAAAGAGCCACGCGACAACUGUGAGAACUAUAGAGGUAUAUCAGUCACGAGUACCAUGAGUCGCCUGUACGGAAAAGUAUUGAGAAAUAUUGUCGAGGAAGAAUAUGGUCCUCAAGAAAUAGAACAGCAGGCUGUAUUCCGUGCUGGUAGAUCCUGCAUUGAUCAUAUCUUUAGCUUGAUGCAGUUGAAUGAGAAAAAAGUAGCGACUAAUAGGGAAGUUCAUCUACUCUUCGUGGACUUGACCAAAGCCUAUGAUUCGGUACCGAUUCAGAGGCUCUGGGGUGUCUUGGAACGUUCUCCUAUAGAUAAUACCAUAUUAAAAGCUAUAAAACAACUCUACGAUGGCUCUGUGUCUCUGGUAAAGGUGGGAGAUAGGCAGUCAGAGAAGUUUAGAACAACUAAAGGACUUAGGGAUGUUGCCUUUCCCCAACAUUGUUCAAAAUAUACCUGA